AUGCCACAACGCACGUGCGGAUGUGUGUAAAUUCAUUGACGCAGCCGGAGGCACCGUCGGCUCCGAGUCGUCGGUGCGUCUUUUUAUUGUGAAGGUUCUGAAAGGAAGCGUACGCUUUUUCUUCGAUAGUCUGGUCGCCCCGACUCUCGCUUGAAUUUCUCCUCGUCGCGCCGGAUGCUUUCGACUCGACGUUCACCUCGGGAGGCAUUUUGGGAGGCGGAGGAAGAAGAUCGCGAGUGCGCUUGUUGACCUGAGUGCAAGCCCGCCGUACGAUCGUUGACGGAGGCGACGAUCGGAGGAUGAGAGGGCGAGCGCUGCAGUCAUGAUGCGUUUUGUUCUGGACUGCCUGAGGACAUCGAAGGCCAGAAAGCCAAAGGAUGGACGGCAAGCUGACGUCGCGGAAACGGACGAGCGAGUCCUCGGCAAGUCAUCCGAGAUCAGAGUAAGAAGACCGCAGCACCUCGCGCUGGAGUUGGAGAACGCGGUCACGGUGGAGAAUCUGGAGCUGCAGGAGCAGCAGUCAGACCGCAAGGAGCUGGAGGAGACGCUGCUCAAAUUAGCCAAACACAAAGAGAAGCUCAUUCAGCAGAUAAAAGAGAUCCGGCAGCUCUGCUAUGAAGAGAGUCAACAGAUCUUGUCUUUGCAGGCCGAAGAGGUUCAAAGGGAGAGCCAGGUUGAGGAGUACGAGCGAGAGCUCGCCAGAGCCAGAUGGAGGCUGAGGAAGCUCAAAGAGGAGGUGAAACAGGCCAAGAGAAAGAUGGAGGAGGCGGGAGAGAGGAACUGUCCUCUCCAGGACUCCAUUCGACAGUCCUAUGAAGAAAUCUUGCAGGAAGAGCACACGCUUUGUUCUGUGUCAGGUGGCGCCGUCACUCCCGAGAGCCAGCUCGAUGGUUCAACGUCUCCCGCGGACACCGCCGAGGAUGAACCGCUUCCAAUGAGACCGUGGGGGAGGAGCCAAUCGCUGCCCGCGUACGCUGACCUCAUCAUGGUAGCCAACGGCGCGCCCUUCUGCAAUAACUUAGCGAAUACCAGAGAAGAGGUCGAUGACAGUAGCAGCAGCUCACCCAAGAUGGACAGAUCCAACCUGGAAGACGAUCCGGAGGACGGCGACAUUGAGGAAGAAGGGGGAGUCGAGGAAGCGUCCGUUCUCACCAAGCUGGACUUCUAUCAAGCCGACCCCUUUGCGCAUUGUCACGCAGGCCAUGAGCUAUUCGACGAAGACCUUUUCCUGAGAACGGACGCAUCGGAUGGAUUCGCAUCAGACCCUUUCAAAGGCAGCGACCCCUUUGCGGCCGACAUUUUGUUUCCCGAGCCAAACGUCGCCGGCGAUGAAGUCUGCGACCAGGUCGGCACCGGUCCGUCCGGUGCUGAAAACAGAGCUUCGACGGGGACGCAGUGUUUCGAGUCGGAGUUUCCCGACGAAGAGAGCGACGUCGAGAUCGGCGAUAGUCGCGAGGAUCUGGACGCUGUGCCCGGGGCGGGCGAUCGCCUGGGAUUUCAGCCCAUCCGGAGUUCAUCUGAGGAGCUGGACCCGGGGCCCGUCCCGAGCUGGCGUUCCCGGGGUCACUGCUCCGUGGAAUCGGAUCCCAACGGCUACGAGCUGGACCUCGGCGCCGUCUCCCCGCCCUCUGACAUCCAAGAGCGCAGUCUUGCGUCUCCAGCUGGAGAAUUUGAGGCCGCUGCUCAAGUGGAGCGAGCGAACGGCGCCCCUGAGCUUGUUGCCGAAGCCUUGUUGGGGCCGGGCAGGAAAGACCACGCUCAGCCUCUUGAUGCUGAUCCCGAAGGAGUGGCACAUUGGAGGAGUGACAUCCAAGAGGAACAACCGGAAUUCCACACUGGACCCGAGUCACCGGAGACCGACCUGAACUUGGACUAUGAACCAACAAGCCGGUCUUCCUUCGACCCGUACGGCUUCAAGCUCAGUCCGGAACACUCCAGUCGAACCCUCUUCGACCCCGAUGAAGCCGAGCUGAGCCCGGUACCCGGUGACCAAGAUCUGGCUUUCGACCCGGAGUGCCGCUCCUCUCGAGCGGGGCCCCUGAGCUUCUAUGCGUAUGAAAUGGCCUCUUCCCAGGCGGCGCCGGGCUCGGAUCCCUACGGCUUUAAGCUCAGCCUUGAAAAAGAGAAUCAGGAGGUGCCCGAACCUUGCGACCACGAUAACGCGGAAGACGCGGCCCCUGGCAGAUUGGACGGGAAAGACAAAGGAGAGGCCUUGAAGUCGAGCGAUCGAGAAGCACUUUGGCUUCUUCCCUGCGAAAACCAAGAAGUGCUUGAUCCGCGUCACGACGACCACAAUGAACCGCCGCGUGCGUUUCAAAGCGGAAACCGAGAGGGGCCGCAAUCGUCAUCUCUGGUCACCGGCGAAAAUGUGAAGUCGGUCGGCGCGGAGAAUCUGGACUUCUUGAAUCUUUGUAGUAGUCCUGAAAACCAAGAAGUGGUUGACUUUCUGAGUGACCGAGAAGUUGACGGCUGCGACGCCGAUAACCAACAAGUCCUUGACUUCUGCCGCCGCCGCGAACCGCAGCCACUCGAUCUCACCUGCACGGAGAAUCGGGAAGUUUUGUAUUCCGACGGCCGCGGCAAUGAAGAGGCCGGCGAAAAUCGGCAGGUGCUCCUUUUUGGCGGCCGCUGGAACCAGGCGAUGCCCACCCGCGAUCGGAAGGGAGAUGAGAAGCUGCUCGACUCGGAUGUUGUCGUGGACAACCAGGAAGUGCCGGACUCGGCGAGAGACGGCCUUCACGCGGAAAGCGACGGGGAUCGCCGCAUCCUCGAACCGGAGUCGAAGAGCAGCGCCAGCGAUAGUAGCUCGGAUGGUGACGUGGCAUCGGAAGAGCUGCUCGGAGUGCGACCCGCGGACGGCGGUCCGCUCGUGGACGGCGCCGUCGCGUCCGGCCACCGGGCUCGCGAUGAUCCUUGCGAUGGCAGCGUGCCGCGGGGUGAUCUGGCUUCGGCGUUCGGGGCCGGGGGCUACGUUGGCUGUCCCGAUGUAGCCGAGGACCUCCGACCUCUCUGCCGCAGACACGCUCGCGUCGGAGCAGAGCCGCUGCGGCCGCUCGCGCCCGUCAGACCUCCCCGGCCUUCGCUCAGGGCAAAGGAGAAAGCGGAGUCCCCAACUCAGGGAAUCGACCUGAAAUGAUCAAUCGAUCAUCCCACCCAAUCAAUAAAUCGAUGAGGACUGAGAUCAGAUGAAUGAAUUGGAAAAGGGAACCGAGGAGCUGGACCAAAGUGGCUCAGAGCGCAGAUUGACGGUGAACUAAGAACAAGGAGGGGCCUGCUUGCAGAGCGGUCUGACAACGUACGCUCCGGCUCGAUUUUGGAGUACCUGACGGUCAUUUCGGGGGCUCGCUCACUCGCUCCAGAGUUUGGGAGGAACUGUUUUCAGCCAACGGUGAAGGGAAAAAUAUGAGCUCUUUUCAUCCAGCAUUUGCUGCUGCCGCACGUUGCGCUUUUAUGGCCCACGCAAGGCCAAUUGGGCCACUGUGGGAGAAAAAAAAAA